AGCGGCCGCCGUAGCAGAAUCGUUUGAAAUGCCGUAGCGUACGGACGGUGCCCACGACACGAGCGACCGAGCGACCGAUUUCUGCUGCCCGACAGCGACCAAUGUUCCGCGCGCGCAAUCGCAACUUCUCCCGCCCUUUACCACGUGUGCGUUUGUGUGUGUAUGUGUGUGUGUGCCAGUGUGUGUGUGUGUGCAGUUUCUUAAUUGUGCAGCAGGCGUCUCCGCGACAACAACGCUCGGUUUUAGUCUUCUCGUCAUCCGCGUCACACACAACUCCCACGGCUGCACGCGGCGCGUAAGUGCAACACGGCAGCUUCCGCGCGCGCCGCAAGCUCCCUAUUUGCGUAAUCCCGGGUGUAAGUGUGUGAAUGUGUGUAUGUUUUGUGCUUGUAAGCAGGCGUUGGAGAAUUGUUGUGCUACCGGAAGUUGUCACAGUGCACAGGUACGCACAGCACAGUUAGGCCGUGGUGACAAACUUUAGCGUUUGGCAAUCGUUCGUGUAUCGGAAUUGGAGAAAAAACGUGUGAAGAAAAGUUUAAACAUAAAACUAAAGCAGAGAAGUAGAGUGUGUGUGUUUGUGUGUGAGUGAAAAAAGUGUGUGUGUGUGAGUUGAUCUUGAAUUGAAGUGUCAAGCAUGUGUCGGGAGAGGAAAGAUACUGUGCGCAUGCAGUUCUGUGGCGCAAUUUCGUGCGUAUCGCCGGUGUACAAACGUUAAUUUUGAGUGUGCGUGAACGUUAAGGUGAAGCUCGUGAACGUAGUGAGACAAAGUUGUUUGAGGUUAUAAAGCGCAUCAAUACACUCUCCAGCAUCAAGUGAAGCUCUAAAGACACCUAAACACAAUCCAAACAGGCGGCUCGAGCACCGUGUCCCGCUCGUGCAGCACUCCGACCAGCCGCGAUGCCAUCGGACACACCGCCCCCGUCCGCUACAUCGGUGUCCCAUCCGUCACCAGCGUCGAGCCAUCACGAUCCGAACGAUCCGAGCGCCCCGCCCAGGGACCCGGUGGAUCGAUCGGGCACGGGGACGCCCGGACCCUCGGACCACCCGACCGGUGGUCACCUCGGUCACCAUCAACCACCGUCGAGCUCGUCCUCGUCCAGCUCGUCCUCGUCGUCCUCCAGCACGUCCUCGUCGCUCUCAUCCCUCUCCCUGAAGCGCUCACUGGAGGAACCAUUGACCACCGCGAAACCGUCGCCCCCUUGUUCGCCCCUCACAAUGGAUCAUCAUCAUCAGCACAAGGCCGCCCGCCAGUCGAGAGCCGCAAGCCCGGCCGGACGUUCCACCCAGCAACAGGCGAGCCCAAGCGCCCCCGGAACCGGCGGCUCUUCCUCCGGUGGUGGUGGUGGUGGACAGCAGUUCUGUCUGCGCUGGAACAACUACCAGACCAACCUGACGAGCGUGUUCGAUCAGCUGCUGCAGAGCGAAUCGUUCGUCGACGUCACGCUCGCCUGCGACGGCCAGUCGAUGAAGGCGCACAAGAUGGUGCUGUCCGCCUGCAGCCCCUACUUCCAGACGCUGUUCUUCGACAACCCCUGCCAGCACCCGAUCGUGAUCAUGCGCGACGUUAGCUGGGCCGAGCUGAAGGCGAUCGUGGAGUUUAUGUACAAGGGCGAGAUCAACGUGAGCCAGGACCAGAUCGGGCCGCUGCUGAAGGUGGCCGAGAUGCUGAAGAUACGCGGGCUGGCCGAUGUGAGCGGCGAUGCGGGCGAGACGACGGGCAGCCGGGCCGAGCGGGAAGCGGCCGGUAGUCGUGGCCCCGAGGAGCUGGAUCGCGACGAGCACAGCAAGCUACUGAAUCCGCUGGCGAUCGUCGGAAGCUCGCUGCUGGCCAAUGGUGCGGCUUCGGCAGCAAUGGCGGGCGGCAAUGGGGCAAACAGUACGGCCACGAGCGGAUCGGCCGCCGUACAGGCGGCUGCGGCGGCUGCGGCCGCGAAGAAGCAGCGAUCCGGCCGCGAUCGCGACACGACCAAAGAGCACCGGAUGGACGCACGGCUGACCGAGUUCGCGCGCGACCUUUCGCGGGCCGAUCCGCACAUCUCGUCACGCGACAUUAGCAGCGUGGCGGCGGCAGCUGCGGCGGCUGCCGCGGCCGCUGCCGGGCUAGCGGUAGGCGAGUGGCCGCUCGGAGCGGCCGGGCUCGAGGCGGCAGCAGCGGCCGCCGUUCAGGCCUCCACGCCCAAGAGUGCACGCAAGCGCCGGUGGCCCUCGGGCGAGCGGAGCAGCAUCGGCAGCCCGGCUGACAGUACGCCGGACCAGUUGGAGGUACCGUCGCCGAUACCGCCCACCCCGUCCAGCCUGGCACAGUCGAGUGGUGGAGGCGGAGGUGGUGGUGGUGGUGGUGGCGGUGGAGGAGGAAGUGGUGGUGGUGGGUCGAGCAAUCCGCUCGCAUCGUUCCCGCUGCCGCCGGCACUGGAUACGGCCGCGAUGGCGAUGUCGUCGCUGUCGUCCUCGAUCGCGAACCAUCCGGACGACAUGGAGAUCAAGCCGGGCAUCGCGGAGAUGAUACGCGAGGAAGAAAGGGCUAAACUGUUGGAAAACUCCCAAGCAUGGUUAGGAGCGUCUACGUCAUCAAUUGCUGCAGAAAGUUACCAAUACCAGCUCCAGUCGAUGUGGCAGAAGUGCUGGAACAGCCAGAACCUGAUCCACCAUCUGCGCUUUCGCGAGCGCGGCCCGCUAAAGUCCUGGCGCCCGGAAACGAUGGCCGAAGCGAUCUUCAGCGUGCUAAAGGAGGGCCUGUCGCUGUCGCAGGCGGCCCGCAAGUACGACAUCCCCUACCCGACGUUCGUGCUGUACGCGAACCGGGUGCACAACAUGCUCGGUCCGUCGAUCGACGGCGGUACGGAUCUGCGGCCGAAGGGUCGCGGCCGGCCGCAGCGCAUACUGCUCGGCAUCUGGCCGGACGACCACAUCAAGGGCGUCAUCAAGAGUGUCGUCUUUCGCGAUGCCAAAGAGAUGAAGGAGGAGCCGAUGAUGUACGGCCGACACUCUGUAAGUAGCGCCAACACCAUGGGGCCUUUUCCCUUUCAAGACAACCCCCUGAGCUACGGGCCGACCGCACCGAACGGUCAGCUACCCUCCGUGGCCACCGGCACCAACGUCCCGGACGGCAUGUCGCAGGACGCCCUGACAGCCGCCACCGUGGCCGCCGUCCGCCAGCAGAUGUGCAAUAUGGUGGCGGCCGCCCAGCACCACCCGGACGCCGCCAAUCUCGUGGCGGCGGCCGGCUUCAACCUACCGUCCCACUGUGGCACGCCGCCCAACCUGAGCAUGCAUCCGGCAGCGGCAGCGGCCGCGGCCGCAGCCGCCGCAUCGAACGCAUCCGCCGCCGGUGGACCGAGCGGGGGCGGCGGCGGCGGUGGCUCGAGCGGUGCCAUCCCGCUCCCGAAGAUGGGCUCACCGGCCGUCCCAUCGACCGGGCACGGCAACAACAAUGGCGGCUCGGGCGCCGGCAUUCAGAUGCCGCGCCUGGGUUCGCCCGCCGGUUCGAGCGGGCUGGCGAAGGAGCACGAGCUGCAGCAUCACGGCGGCGGCGGCGGAGGGCUCGGUGGUGGCUCUGGGGGCGGUAUGUCCCGGGCGACACCGCCCGGUGCCCGGGACCGUGCGAUGACGGCCCGCUCCAAUCUGGCCGCCAGCGAGACGGGCCGCAGCAGCAGUUCCGCCGGCAGCAUCCAUCGAUCGUCACCUUCCAGCAGUGCCGGCUCGUCCCUGAACCACCAGCACCCGGCCCAUCUGUCCCAUCCGCACCAUCAGCAGCAGCAUCACCACCAGCACCAUCACCAGCCGCACCACGGACACGCGCACCAUCUGCCGCACCACAACCCGCUGUCCCAUCUGGUGGGUUCGGGCGGCGCGUCGGGCGCCCUCAGCAUAACGAAGCUCGGUUCGCCCGGCUCGGCACACGACCUACGCAUCAGCAACAGCCCCGACGAGAGCCCGCUCGCCUCCCCGAUCGGGCUGGCGAUGGAACCGGCCGUCAAUCUGGCGCUCGGGGCCGGCGGCACCCAGCCCGGGCCCGAGGAUGUGCGGCUGCACGUGCCGCCACCGUACGGCAGCAAGCCGCCGUCCCGGGGCGGCGGAGCACCGUCCACCGGCUACACCAGCAGCUCGUCCCCACCGCGACCCGAGCACCUGUUCCAGGAUCAGGACAUUGCGGCGCUGGUAGCGACGACGCGGGCCGCCUGCCCACCGUCCCGCGUGCCCGACUACAAGGACACGGCGGUACGGCCAACGGCCUCCAUCAAGGUGGAACCGCUGACCGAGUGUCGGGGCGAUUAAACCGGCUCCAUGACGCACACAGACACACGGGCACACAAGCACAUACACAUCCACCAGCACCCCGCACCGCUAUCCCACCCCGAACUGGGCGCCAUCGGUGGCUCCCUCUAUCGGUCGGUCU